CGGCGUUCCGUGCGUUUUUCUCUAGCUGUUUUUGUUUUAUUAUUAUUAAACAUGGCGGUGUUAAACAACAUUUGUUGAUGGGAUUCUAAUAAACGUUAGUUUUACGAGUGAAUCAUUCCGGUGGUCCAUUACAUUAAUGGCUCGCACGAAAAAGCAGUGAUGAUCAUCCGCACUAGUAGCUUUAAUUCUAAUUCAGCAUUAUUGAUAAUCAGAUAGUGUCAAUAGAGGACCUGCCCUAAUGGCAGACAGCCAAGGCCAAUCGGACGAGUACCAAUGGGCCUAUUCCAUCAUGGACUCCAGCCGGGUGUCCACCUUCCUGAUAUCCAUGUUGCUCAUCGUCUACGGCUCCUUUCGCAGCCUCAACAUGGAACAGGAGGCCAGAGAACGGGCCAACGGCGCCUCCGCCAAUCCGCUGUUGAACCCGCCCCAGGCCGGGCCCAACGAGACCAACGUGCAAACGUUGGACACCAUGCAGGCGCUCUGUUUACCACUCGGAGCCAGCGUUUCGCUGUUGAUCAUGUUCUUCUUCUUCGAUUCCAUGCAGAUGUUGUUCGCUAUAUGUACAGCCGUGAUAGCGACGGUGGCUCUGGCGUUCUUGCUGUUGCCGAUGUGCCAGUACAUCAUGGGGCCCUGUUCGGACGGUAAGAAGAUAUCGUUCGGGAUGUGCGGAAGGUUCACGGCCGCCGAAAUAUUCUCGUUUUCUCUAUCGGUGUUCAUCGUUUGCAUUUGGGUGCUCACAGGCCAUUGGCUGUUGAUGGACGCGAUGGGAAUGGGAUUGUGCGUAGCCUUCAUAGCCUUCGUCAGAUUGCCGAGCCUGAAAGUGUCGACGUUACUGCUGACCGGUCUGUUGAUCUACGACGUGUUUUGGGUGUUCUUCUCGUCGUACGUGUUCAGCACCAACGUCAUGGUGAAAGUGGCGACGAGACCGGCCGAGAAUCCCGUCAGCAUGGUAGCUAGAAAAUUGCACAUAGGCGGCGUGGCGAAAGAAGCGCCGAAGCUCAGCCUGCCGGGCAAACUGUUGUUUCCUUGCAUUCACAAUUCGGGGCAUUUCAGUAUGCUAGGUUUAGGGGAUAUCGUGAUGCCGGGUCUGUUGUUGUGCUUCGUGUUGCGGUACGACGCUUACAGGAAAUCCCAAGGUCUAACCGGCUCCAGACUGACAUAUUUCCAUUGUUCUCUAUUAGGUUAUUUUCUGGGUUUGCUGACGGCCACCGUUACGUCUGAACUGUUCAAAGCCGCCCAACCGGCUCUCUUGUAUUUGGUACCGUUCACGUUACUGCCCUUGCUCACGAUGGCUUACCUCAAGGGCGACUUGAGGAGAAUGUGGUCCGAACCGUUCAAAUCACUAGCUGUUUCUAAGCAUUUACAAGAAGUGUGAUAGAGAUUCUCGACUGUUAAUUAUUAAUUAUUUACAACUACUGUUAAUUCAAUUUUAUUAAUAAAUUUAAGAUAUGUGUUAUUAUAUGACAAACCGAACGAAUACGAAUUGUAAAAGACGAAGCGACAAGAAAAGAACAAAAUUAUUUAUUUCUGUAUUAAUUACGUUAAACUAGCGUCUAUACUGUCAAUUGAAUCGAAGUACAUACAUACUUAGAUAAUUAUUAAUCCACCUUUAUGUUGUAUUGUACGUUACG